UGUGAUCUGGCAACCCGUGUGAAAAUGAAGCCAGGACACUACCUGUUUAGCUUCUGAUUAGCUUAGCUUAGCUUGUGUGUUUAAACGGCUCUAAUCAGCUGAUCCGAACAGUGUGUGAGGAUAAACACUUCUACAGAAUAAACAGUGAAUGCUGCAGUGUGGUGAGGCGGCGGCUAGCUGUUAGCACACCGGCUAACAGGCUAACAACAUACGCAACAAAACAUAAACAGGACCCUCUGAUGACCUCUGACCCCAUGUUUUCCGAUGUGACGCCAUGAUCGGUGUUACUCUGUGAAGCCAUGAGUCAGAGGAACAUCGCGGCCGACUUACUGAACCGACAAAUCCGGGAGAACAGGGCUCUGAGUUUUCAGAGACACUACCAUGUGACUGACCCAUUUAUAAAACGGCUCAGCCUGGAAGCGGAGCUACAGGGUCACUCCGGGUGUGUGAACUGUCUGGAAUGGAACGAGAAAGGAGAUGUGUUAGCGUCAGGUUCUGAUGAUCAGCACGUGAUGGUGUGGGAUCCUCUCAGACACAGGAAGUUGAUGAGCAUGCACACGGGUCACGCAGCCAACAUCUUCUCCGCCAAGUUCAUGCCCCACUCUGGAGAUCGGAUCCUGGUGACCGGAGCUGCAGACACCAAGGUUCAUGUUCACGACCUGACGGUGAAGGAGACCAUCCACAUGUUCUCAGAUCACACCAACAGGGUGAAGCGCAUCGCCACCGCCCCCAUGUGGCCAAACACCUUCUGGAGCGCAGCUGAGGACGGGGUCAUCAGGCAGUAUGAUCUGAGAGAGAGCAGUAAACACUCGGACGUGUUGAUCGAUCUGACGGAGUACUGCGGCCAGCUGGUGGAGGCCAAAUGUCUCGCCGUGAACCCGCGGGAUAAUAACUACCUCGCCGUGGGAGCCAACGGCCCGUUCGUACGCCUGUACGACAUCCGCAUGAUCCACAACCACCGGAAGGCUAUGAGUCAGAAUGCAGGAGUUCACACAUUCUGUGAUAAACAGAAGCCCAUCCCUGACGGGGCGGGGCAGUACUACGUCGCAGGUCACCUCCCAGUGAAGCUGCCGGACUACAAUAACAGGCUGCGCGUGCUGGUGGCCACCUACGUGACGUUCAGUCCUGAUGGGACGGAGCUGCUGGUGAACAUGGGCGGAGAGCAGGUGUAUCUGUUUGAUCUGACGUUUAAACAGAGACCGUACACCUUCCUGCUGCCCAAGAAGUGCCAUUCCUCAACAGAGGUCCAGAACGGGAAAACCACAAACGGUGUGUCUAACGGACUCCACCUUCCUGCCAGCUGCCUGAAACUCACGAGUAACAAGCCGUCCAGCGAGCUGCCCCCCCACCUGGAGCGCAUUAAGCAGCAGGCUAACGAUGCGUUUGCGCGUCAGCAGUGGACUCGGGCCAUCCAGCUGUACAGUCUGGGGAUUCACAUGGCGGGGCAGAGCAACACCAUGCUGUACGGGAACCGCGCCGCCGCGUACAUGAAGCGCAAGUGGGACGGGGAUCAUUACGACGCCCUGCGCGACUGUCUGAAGGCUCUGUCUCUGAACCCGGCUCACCUGAAGGCUCACUUCCGCCUGGCGCGCUGUCUGUUCGAGCUGAAGUACGUGGCCGAGGCUCUCGAGUGUCUGGACGACUUUAAAGGGAAGUUUCCGGAGCAGGCUCACAGCAGCGCCUGCACCGCCCUCGACAAGGACAUCAAAGCCGCGCUGUUCUCCAAAAACGACUCGGCAGAUGAGAAGAAGGGCAGCAGCUCGAUCCGCUUUCACAACUUCAGCCGUAAGGAGUCGAUCCCCGAGGACGAGAUCAUCCUGAGGGAGCGCAGCUUCGACUACAAACACCGAUACUGCGGACACUGCAACACCACCACUGACAUCAAGGAGGCCAACUUCUUCGGCAGUAAAGCCCAGUACAUCGUGAGCGGGUCAGACGACGGCUCGUUCUUUAUCUGGGAGAAGGAGACGACUAACCUGGUGCGAGUGCUGCAGGGGGACGAGUCCAUAGUCAACUGCCUCCAGCCACACCCCAGCUACUGUUUCCUAGCAACCAGCGGCAUCGACCCCGUGGUGCGACUCUGGAGCCCCCGCCCCGAGACGGACAGUGAGAACGGUCGUGUGGUGGAGGACAUGGAGGGAGCGUCUCAGGCCAAUCAGAGGAGGAUGAACGCUGAUCCCCUGGAGGUGAUGCUGCUGAACAUGGGUUACCGCAUCACAGGGCUGAGCGGCGGCCAUGACGCCUCCGACGAGGACGAGGACAACACCGAGGGACAGGUGCAGUGCCGCACCAGCUAGACCGAGUGUGCACGCGUGCGUGCGUGUGUGUAUGUGUGUGCAUCCGUGUGUGUGUGUGUGAGUCCGUGCGUGCGUGUGUGUGUGUGUUUCUCCUCUGCACUGCACACUCCCCCUUGGAGAGGAAGGAACAGAGGAAAGGGCACUUGAUCCCUGGAGUGGGCGGAGCUUCAGACUGAAUGAUGAUAAACUCAUGAAUUUCCUCGCUGGCUGUGGGAUCGUGCGUAGUUCUGUUCAGUUCGUCCCGCUCUGAUGUCACUUCCUGUUCCUGCAGCUGAGACCCCGCCCAUCGCUCGGCCGUGUCCGCCUGUUAGACUUCAGCACUUUGUUUAAAUACGGGACGUUCCGGGGUACAAAUGUUUUAUUUUUGAUCUUCUGGUGUGUCCCGUCACCUGUUGGUGUUCCAGGGUGAGAGGAGCAGUUCAUGAUGUUCUCAGUCUCUCAGCUGAGCUGUGUUCGGUUCUGUAAUGCUAACGCCGCUAACGCAUGCGGGAAGGUAGAACGCUUUUCGUUCCUCAGCACGGAGGACUCGGGUAGGGGCGUGGCCUGAAUCUGAAGGCGGGGUUUAUACAUUUAAUAGGAAGUCUAAUGUUCAUUUGUGUUGUUUAUUUAAUUAUGUUAUUUUAGGAAGCAUUAUGUACCACAUGGUGAAUGUGGGAGGAGUUAGACACGCCCAUAGAGAGUGCCGCGCUAACCUGGUUAUUUCCGUUAGUUGUUAGCCACGUUAGCUUUAAUGCUAAAGCUACAGAACACGUCUCAGCUGAUUUAAAGCGUUAAAGACAUGCUGUGGAUGUUUACUUGCAUACCAGUGUGUGCACACACACACACACACACACACACACACACACACACACACAUACAUGUACACAUACAUGCAUUACUGAAAUAGCAUCAUCAGUGCAUUCAGUCCAGUGUGUGUGUGUGUGUGUGUGUGUGUGUGUGCAUGCAGAGUCAGUUCUGCAGCAGCUCCUCCUGUAACACUACCCUGCAGUGUGUAUUUAUUGGCUCGAGGCUCUGCUUGUUUUCCACGUUUAUUUUUCUUUGGGAAUUUCAGUAAUGCCGUUCUGCUCCGAAAUAAAGAGAAUAAAAGAGGAAUAAAAUGUUCCG